CACAUUCAUGUACACAUAGAUUUAUACGUAAAUAAUAUAGCAUUCAGAUUACAACAUGAUUAGCAGCGACGACACAGACGAAGAGUUUCCUAAAGGAUAUCUAAUUCUUAGACCGGAAGAGCUCCGGCCAUUGGAACUUCUCCGUCUGUUAUUCUCCGGCGAUAUCGAGAAACCAAGAUCAGUCGAUAGCUCCGAAACCAAAGAACCAAGUUUUCGACGCCGAUGGCUUAUCUUCGUCUCUCUCGUCCUCCUCAAGCUUCUCCGAUUCCUCUCCGACCCUUUAGCUCUCUUUGGCUCCGCCUUAGAAUUCUCCUUAAACUUCCUCUCCGAUAACUCUUUCUCAGCCUUCUUCUUCCGAGGAGAAGUGGUGAUGCCGAAAACGACGUCGGAGAAUUACCUAUCAUUUAUCGGACAUUUAGACAAGAGAAUAAGUUUAGACAAGACGAAAAAUCGUGAAGAUGGAGACUUAUACUAUGCCGCACUGUCCAUUAUGUCUUCGAAACUUGCCUACGAAAACUCGGCUCGUAUCAAAUACGUCGUACAAAAUCAUUGGAAUAUGAAGUACUUAGGUCUUGAUGACUAUUGGAACGAGUAUCAAGAGAAGGAAACGACGCAAGCUUUUAUGAUGUCUACUGAUCAAGAAACAACGGUUGUGGUUGCAUUUAGGGGAACAGAGCCAUUUAAUUCAGAAGAUUGGUGUUCAGAUUUUGACAUCACAUGGUACGAGCUCCCAAACAUUGGGAGGAUCCACGGUGGUUUCAUGAAAGCUCUAGGGCUUCAAAACAAUUGCAGUUGGCCAAAGAAACCUCUCCCAAACCCUAAUCGAUUGUCUCCUUUGGCUUACUACUCAAUAAGAGACACUUUGAAAGCUCUGGCCGCUCAAAAUGAACAUACUCAAUUUGUUCUGACCGGUCAUAGCUUAGGAGGAGCCCUCGCGAUAUUGUUCGCGGCUGUGCUUGUGAUUCACGAUGAGACCGAGUUGUUGAAAAGGAUCCAAGGGAUUUACACUUAUGGACAACCUAGGGUUUUGAGAGAUGAAUCAGAUAAAAACUUUUUCUCAUUAUGGGGGAUUAUAAGGAUGAUUUACAAUGCGGUGUUGGAGUUUAUAAGAAGCUUCACGAUUGUGACUGAGAAGGGAUCAGAAUAUAGCGAAGGAUGGUUGUUGAAGGUUGCUAGGGUUUUGGGGAUCAUAGUCCCUGGAAUUUCGAAUCACACACCUCAAGAUUAUGUAAAUGCCACUAGAUUAAGCCCUCCUAUUGUUUUCCAAGUUCAUAGAGAUGUAUCCAUAACAUAAAGGGUUUCGAGGUUUGUGUCACAUCUCUCUAUGAACUUGGAUUAUUGCAUAAAAAAAAGGUUAAUAUCUAUGUAAACAUUUUACAAGGAAAAAUCUAUAAAACUUAAAAGUGAGAGAAAACCUGUUGAAAGAAAAAUGUAAAGAGUUAAUAAAUCAAAUGAAUCAGGUAUAUGCCUAA